CCAAAACACCGUGCUGUUGUUUCACGCCGAAACUAAAUAGGCACCGGACUGUUAAACGCAACGCACGGCAGCUGCAAAAAGGCUUUUCCUUUUUUCCUUACUAGCAUGUAAUAUCAUUUCUACAGUUUUCCCCAUUUGAUUUUGAUUCAUUUUCUGAUAAGAUGUUUGCAAAACCGUUUCGUGUUAAAUCCAACAUCGUAAUGAAGGGAUCCGACAGGAGAAAGCUCAAGGCUGACGUAUCAGCAGCCUUCCCUACCCUGUUUUCUGAUGAACUAACAGAGCUGGUCCCGAACAAAGAGGAAUUCAAUGUUGUGAAGAUAUUUGCGCACAAGGGAGACGCUGUGACAUUAUAUGUAGGUCAUAAAAACCCGCUCUUCUUUGAAGUGGAUAAACAGCUUUAUCCUACAGUCUAUAUGCUCUGGCGCUACCCUGCUGUCCUGCCUGCGUUCAGGACAUGGCCUCUUGUUCUUCACAAGAUGAUCGGAGGAGCUGAUCUCAUGCUUCCAGGUGUGGUAGUGCCUUCCAGUGGACUCCCAGACUUAAAACAGGGUGACCCCUGUGCUGUUACACUUGUUAAUAAUAGAGCUCCUGUUGCAAUUGGCACAGCUGCAGUUUGCAGUGCAGAAAUGCUCAAUUUGGGCAUGAAAGGGAGAGGGGUGUGUGUUUUGCACACAUACAUGGAUCAUCUCUGGGCUUUUGGAGAAAAGUCCAGUCCUCCCACUUUUCCAGAUGCAGAGGGUGAAGUACCAGAUGUGAAUGGUAAAGAAUGCGUGGCUGAUGAGCAAGAAGAAGGUGAAAAGGAGGAGGAGGAAGGUGAGCAGAGUUCAGUGCAGGAGCAGCAAGCAAGCGAGCUGGUCAGAGACCAAGCCCAUCCAGCUCUGGCUGAGCAGGAAGAAGGGGAACUUGAAGAGGCCAAGGAGGAAGGGGAGCAGGACCAGGACGAUGAGAAGUCGCCACAAGAGGUCAUGGACGCUCUACUUUGGCAGUGUUUCCUCCUGGCUCUCAAAAGCAAGGUGAAGAAAUCAGAGCUCCCCCUGCUGACAAGCACUUUUCUCCGGAACCACAUGUUUUCCUGCUGCCCGAACGGAAAACAACUAGAUAUUAAAAAGUCCAGCUAUAAAAAGCUCUCCAAGUUCCUGCAGGUCAUGCAGCAGCAGCACAGCAUUGUACGUGUGAAAGAACUGACAAAGGGUGUGGAGAGUAUUGUAGAGGUGGACUGGAAAAGUCCAGAACUACGCUUCUCUGUUCCAGAAGAGACACACGUUGAAACAAUUCCACUCGGAGAAACACAGUAUCAUCCUCCUGAAGUCACCACUUUAUACUCAGUGUCAGCUCGCCUGCAGCCUCUUUUUCAGGAUGCAAACAAAAGGAAAGGUGUGGCAUUACAACCUGCUGAGGUGAGAAGCAUUGUCACUGAGUAUGUGAAGAAGAAUGACCUGGUAUAUGAAAACAACAAGAAUUAUGUGAGAAUCAACCCAACACUGUGUGACUGUUUACUUGAGAAAUCAGAGUACCAGGAUAUACAGACUCUCAAUUGGGAUGACCUUUUCACCAGCCAUUUUUUUGCACAGUACCUCCAUUUUCAAGGGCUCAGACAAUUCCCACACAAGAGGUUGAUAGACCAGGUACAAUCCUUUACCUUGUUACUUUAAAGUUGUGAUUCUCAACUGGUGGGUCACGGACAGCUACUAAAAAAAUUGUGUUGUUUUCCUAUUCUGAUUUUUCCGCUACAGUACAUAGUAGGGCUGCACGAUAUUUGGGAAAAAAUUAGUUUUUUGUUGUUCUUGUUUUUUUAGGUGACGCUAUAUGAAAACUAAAUAUUGUCAUGCAGAUGUGUUCAGGGCAUGACUAGUAUGAAGCAUGAAGUUUGGGAUUUUUUUGGGAGCAUGUACAGGGGAGUUAAGCAUUUUCUGUUUUGUGGCAAAGGACAUUUGAUAUGCAAAAUUUGAUGCCCCGUCCGUGCCCAUCAUAUAGCAUGGCGAAAUAAGGUCACUUUAAACUGCAUACGUUCCUUCAAGUCUCGCCCUUUGCACAAUGGUCAUUGCACCAAACUAUUGCUAUAUUAGUCAUUCAAACUGCUCUAAUUGCUAGAGGACUCUGCAUCGUUUUGCACAAUUGUCAAAAAAAUUAAAAAAAUAAAAACAAAAUUGUACCGGCAUUACUAGCAACCUUUUAUUGCUCAGUGACUGUUUUUCUCAAUGUCUUUAUGUCUCAAAAGUAUUCUCUGUCAAUUGACUGUCUGUUGUCGUACUAGAGUGGCUCCAACUACCGGAGACAAAUUCCUUGUGUGUUUUUUGGACAUAUUUGGCAAAAUAAGGAUGAUUCUGAAAAGAUUUUUUUUUUUAAAUGUAAAAUUGUCUGGAGAUACUACACACCAAGUUUGAAGUCAAUCGAAGGAAAACUGUAGGACAGGUUUGCGAAAGUAUGACCCCUGUGAAUGUGGAAAAAUGGCCAACAAAACACCAAAAUUCAAUUUUCAAAUAAUCAUAGUUCACUUCCUGUUGAUUUUAGGAUAACUUUCUUUUAGAUUUGUAGGUGGCGCUACGGAGCCAUUUUCUAGUAAUCGUGUAUGAUAACUUUAAAAUAUCAAAUGUUUCGCCAGGCCCAAUGUGCGUGCAAACUUUGGUGCGAAUCGGCGGCAUGUUUAGGCCCUCAAAAAUGCGAUUGAUUUUGAGAAUAAUAAUAUUUUCUACGAUUACAAUAGGAUCCUUGGAGCGGUCGCUGCUCGGGCCCCAACUAGUUCAGUUCGUAGUUCAUAAUGAAAAAUGUUGAACUAAGUUUACCGGUUCAAAAACGAACUAAUUCAUAUAUAUAUAUUUCAAUAUGUUGCUGAUGGGCUAUUACAGUAGCCUCAAAAUACUGGCAUGUCAUUUCCUCAUUGUUGCCACCCAAUUAGUCCACACUUGUAGCUUUCACCCUACAAUCUCAAAAAUAUAAAAAUAUAAUAUACUGUAUAUAUGUACUUAGAGGCUGUUUUUAAAUUAAAAAAAUAUUUAUUGACUAGAUUACAAAGGCCUUAAAGUGAAAUCUGCUGCCCGUUGUCAGAAAGCUUGGUCGCAGAUUUAGUUUUUCAACAGGAUAAAGACACAAACACACAGAUAUUAAAAAACCAACAAUGGCUCAGAACAACAACAACUGCUAGGGUGAAGGGAAAUGUUUAUAAGACGGUGGUGAGGCCAGCCAGGAUGUUCGGAUGAGAGACAGUGGCACAGGAAGCAGAGAUGGAAGUGGCAGAAAUGAAGAUGUUGAGGUUCUUUCUAGGGGUAACUAGGUUGGAUAGGAUUAGAAAUGAGCUCAUCAGAGGGAUGGCUAAGGUUAGAUGUUUUGGAGACAAAGUAAGAGACCGCAGACUUCGAUGGUUUGGACAAAUCCAGAGGAGAGAGAGUGAGUAUAUUGGUAGAAGGAUGAUGAAGAUGGAGCUGCCAGGCAAGAGAGCUCAAGGAAGACAAAAGAGAAGGUUGAUAGAUGUAGUGAGGUGAAGAGAUGAGGGCACUUGGUGCGAGAGAGGAGGAUGCAGGAGAUAGGCUUACAUGGAAAAGGAUGACGCGCUGUGGCGACCCCUAAAGAGACAAGCCGAAAGGAAAAGAAGAAGAAGACACGACAAAGAAGAUAGAUUUUUUUCUCUCAAACAAUUCGGCAGCUCAAAGAAUUACCUCCAAAAUACAUCCAAUCAUCAUCAGCGACCA